AUGGGACUGGGUCUGAAGAAAAUCCGCAACAUCAAUCUUCCCAAAUCAGUUCCUGCUUAUUCAAAGAAUUACAGGGAAUCCGUUUCCAUUGGUUUGCGUCUGGGGUCUGGUUUUGGAAAGACACAUGUUCUAACUGAGGCUCCUGCUCUCCUAGGUCUUGCACAAUGCAGCAGCGUUUAUAUCACCUACAAUCACGAUCAACAACUUGGAGCAGACAAGAAAAAAACAAAGGAAGCAGCCCUUCUGCGACUGAUUCUGGCGAGUCAUGGGUUUAGCUCCAUUGCGUGCGCAAAUUUUUUUGAGGAUUCAACUUCAGAACGGUUGUUGGAAGCUCCUAUUCAGAGUCUUGAAGAUCUAGCUGUGACCACAUUCCGAAAGGUGGCAAAGAAUGGAGAUUUUGUGUUGGCCGCAGAUGAAUUAGCACAACUAGGCACGGAGGCUGCAAAGCAAGUUGUUUCGCUCCUGUCGCUUUUGUGCUUCCGUUAUUAUGAGGCCACGGGGGCGAUAUGUACAGUUUUGGUCUCAUCGUUGAACGAUGCAGUGUUCACGACCACCAGCGGAAGAGGAAUAAUUGACUGGGUACCAGAUCGUGCAACUGCUGAAACGGUUGAUUUUUUCGGGCGCAAAUUGCCCCAGCAGAGGAGGGAGCACUUCAGUGCCCUUGCCAAAUCCAUAUGUGGUGCUCACAUGCGCUCGAUUGUGAUCUGCUUCACUGAGAUGAGCGUGGGCAGCCUGCCAUCCGUGGAAACAAUGUUUAACCAGAUGAAAUCACACAUGGGGGAAGUUGAAGAGCUCGUUGAUGACAAUGGGGUGCUGUGCCCUGUCUUUAUUCAGCAAGCCUUCGCCAAGAAGAGGGAGGAAUCGAGCGAUCACUUGAAGAAUCUUUUCCAAACUUUUGCUGAGAUUCAUGCUGACGGGAAGGACUUCAAGGAAGCAGCGAUGCAUUUUGAUCUGUUUCGGGCCAGCCUUGGAGUUCCUGUUGUUCCCAGAAGUGCCAGAAUUGGAUUAGCUACAAUGAAGUCGGGCUUCUCCCAAGAGUGGUUUCGGCAGUUGAAUUUUCCAGACGUGAUGACGCUUAGCACCAGGGAUCUACUGAAGUGCCUCCCGAAGCAGGGCAGUCCGAAGAAGGAAGUUGUUCCAUCAGAAACUAAACCAACUGUGGGAAGCUACUAUCACCCUGGAACCGAAGGGCACCCCUUGAUUGACAGAAGCUAUGUCGCAGUGCAUUCUACCACUGGAGAAUAUUGUUUGCUUCUCACACAGGAGAAGGUGAAUGAUGACUUCGGUGCUGCAUCCAGUGCCCUCGACAAGGCAGCGUCAAUGUUGUUCCAAAAGUGGAAGUUCACCAAGAUUCUUCUAGUCGUCAAUGUCAUCGGCGCGAACCAGAACACUCGGGCUCAACGAACGCUUGAAUGGCCAUACAUUCUGAUCCGCGACAAUGAUGAGGCCAAGGCCUACUAUUCGGUGAACUUUGCUGAUUUGAUAUGGUAUGCUUGUGACAGCCACCUUCUGAAGCACUCCAAGAAGGUGAAGAAGUGA